AUGAUUUCCCUUGCACACCUUGAUCUCUCUUCCAAUCGGCUUGAAGGUGGAAUUCCGAAAUCUUUUAGUAAUUUAAGCAGAUUGCAAUCGUUGGAUCUAUAUUUCAACAAACUAAACGAUAGCCUUUCUACCAUUAUUCAAGUCUUGUUUGGGAGCAUGGAAAACUCAUUAUUAGAGUUUCUACAAUUAAGUAGGAAUCAACUUAGAGGCUCGUUGCCCAACAACAUAAGUUUUCCAAGACUGACAGAUUUACAUCUUGAUUGCAAUCUAUUGGAUGGGUCUUUUCCAGAAACUUUUGGACAACCAUUAUGGACUCUAUCUAGAAGAAUCGGGCAGCUUCCCAAGCUCGAAGUUUUGGAUGUUAAUUCAAACCAUCUAGAAGGUCUUGUCUUUGCAGCCCAUCUGUCGAAUCUCUCCCGAUUGCAGUUCUUAGACUUGUCUCUUAAUUCUUUAGUUUUAAAGUUCAACUCAGGGUGGAUUCCACCUUUUCAUCUAGAUACCAUAAGGCUGAGAUCUUGCAAGUUGGGCCCUCAUUUUCCAAAAUGGCUUCAAACUCAAAAAAACGUUUCUGUGCUUGACAUCUCUGCUGCUGGAAUUUCAGCUACCAUCCCCAGUUGGUUCUGGGACCUGUCUCCAAGAAUGCGUUUGUUAAAUAUCUCUUAUAACCAUAUCAAUGGCAUCAUGCCCGAUUUGUCAUUGAAGUUUCCAGCGUUUCCUGCAAUAGACUUGAGUUCUAAUCACUUUGCGGGUCCAAUUCCGUUCCUCCGCCGUACUGCAACAUCACUGAAUCUCUCCAAAAACAAGUUUUCAGGGUCUCUGGGCUCCAUAUCGAAGCUUAAGGUAUUGCAGUUCCGUAACAAUAGUUUCACUGGGGAAUUGCCUUUGCCUUUGAGAAACUGCAUAAACUUAAUAAUUAUUGAUUUGGGAGAUAACAGAAUAUCUGGAACAAUACCAACUUGGAUAGGGGAAAGUCUAUCUAUGUUGGUUGUUUUCAGUCUGCGAUCAAAUGAGUUCCAUGGAAGCAUACCUACUAAUUUUUGUCAGUUAAACAACAUUCAAAUCUUGGAUCUGUCCCUAAAUAAUAUUUCAGGGACCAUACCAAUGUGCCUUGACAACUUUUUGGCAAUGACUCAAACUCUCAGAUUUGAUCCAACCAUUUAUGUUAUUUAUGAUCAAACUUAUACCAUCCGGGAUGGUGAAGAAGGUUAUUACAGCCCCCAUUAUGUCCUCAGUGCAUUGUUGGUGUGGAAAGGUAGGGAAUAUGAGUACAAAAAUACUCUAGGACUUGUGAAGAGCAUUGAUCUUUCAAGCAAUAAGUUAACCGGAGAAAUUCCCAGUAACAUUACGCGUCUUGUUGGUCUGGUUGCCAUGAAUUUCUCAAGAAACAGGCUAGCUGGACCAAUGCCUGCAGAAAUUGGCGACUUGAAAUUGUUAGAAUCUCUUGAUUUGUCCAGAAACCAGCUUUCUGGGGGAAUUCCUAUAAGCCUUUCAAACUUAAAUUUUCUUAGUCACUUGGACUUAUCGGACAACAACUUAUCAGGAAGAAUCCCAUUAAGCACUCAACUGCAGAGCUUAGAUAAUUCAACAUUUGUUGGAAAUCUGAACUUUGUGGGGCACCACUUACAAAAGUGUGCCCAGGAGAUGAAGCACCUCAGAAUCCAAAAAGACCAAAUGGCACUUAUGGCCUAG